AGUUUAACUUGACAUUUAAAUAACCAACUGUCAAAGUCACACAAAAAGUCAAAACAUUGUAGUUGCAGAGCAUGCGAACACACGUUGGAUUUUUUUAACAAUACUCGACAUAAACUCAUUAAGUGUACUAUACGUUAUCACAUAAAACCUAAAAAUGGCGAAAAAAGGCAAACCAAAGAUAAGUAAAAUAAAAAGGAACAACCACACAACGAAUAAAAUGAAAAAACAGGGUAAAUUAAAGCUCCAGAGGCACAGGACGAAGGUGCAAAAACAGAAACAGCCGGUGAAGGAGACACCAGAAUAUAGCAGUGACAGUGAGUCCUCGAGUAACGAGUGGGCGGACAUGUUGGAUGAGGAGGAACAGCAAUACAUAGUGAAUAGACUGGCCAAGCAACCCAAUCUGCUGUCAAACAUCCCAGAAAAAGAAGACAAUAAGAGAGGAUCUAAACGCAAGAAAGACAAAGAACGCUUACCCAAAGUGAAGAAGCCAAGAACUGAAAAUAGUAUGGAUGACAACAUUGGAUCGUCCGAUGACUCUGACAGUGAAGUGGAAGUCAAAUAUGAGAAGGACCUGGCACAGCGGCCCGUGAAGAAGAUGAGAUCACUGCUGCCCAUUAAAACCAAGGAUGGCCUGGUGGAGAGAACUGAGGAGUGUGACGACUCUGAUACGGAGUCGGCAGAGGAAGAUCAGGCAGGUGUCGAUGAUGAAGUAGAAAAAGCAGCUGUUGAAUCAGGCUCGGAACAUGAUUCAGAUGAAGAGACGAUGGAAAAGUCAGAAGAUAACGAGGAGAAAGAGAUUACUACUGUUGAACUGCUAGCAGCCAGGCGGGACCGACUGAGGCAUGAGAAGUUAAGGAUCGGAGCACUCUGUUCGUCACUGUUGGAGAGCCCCGAAAAGAAGCUUAAAAACCUCUAUCCAAUCUUGUAUCUGAUGGACGAGCACUUGAAAGAUGGCACCGCCAACCUGGUGUCAGUCCGUAAGCUGGCCUCCUUGUCUGCUGCGGAGGUGUUCAGAGACAUCCUGCCCGAGUACAAGCUCCGGCAUCAGGACUACAGCGACGUUAAAUUGAAGAAAGAUACUCUGUCACUAUACAAAUAUGAAAAGGAACUGCUGGAGUUCUACAAGAGAUACCUCCAGAGAUUGGAGAAAGCAGCCAGCGUACUGAGACCCAAGAAAGGAGAUAAACGUAAACCCGAUGACCCUCGGGUCAGUCUUGGCCUGCUGUCGAUCAAGUGUAUGUGUACCUUGUUAGUGGCGAGACCUAACUUCAACUACGCCACCAAUAUAGCUCAGAGUGUGAUCCCGUUCCUUGACACCACACCGGAGGCAAGAAACACUGUCACCGAAGCCUGCACCGACGUGUUCAAGGAGGACAGUAAAGGAGAGAUCACAUUGGCUAUAGUUCGUCUAAUAAACCAGCUCGCUAAACGGCGAGGCUCCCGGCUGAACCCCGCGGCCUUGGACUGUUUGUUACAGCUGAAGAUACAGGACGUGGAGCUGGACGAGGAACACGACCUCAAGAUGAAGAAGAAAACGGAAGAGAAGAAGAAGAAGAGGAUCGUCAACCUGUCCAAGAAGGAAAAGAAGAGAGCUAAGAAGUUGAAAGAGGUCGAACGAGAACUUCUAGAAACAGAAGCCAAGGAGAGCGAGUCGGCGAGGAGGAAACAGCUGACGGAAGUUACGAAAACCGUCUUCCAUAUAUACUUCCGGUUACUGAAGAGCUCUCCCACCACUGGCCUACUCAUCGCGGCUUUGAACGGGAUCGCCAAGUUCACGCACGUCAUCAACCUGGAGUACUACUCGGACCUGGUGUCUAUCUUGUCUGGUCUGGUGCGAUCGUCCGCCGACCGCUCCACCCGGCUGGUGGUGGUGGGGACCGUGCUGGCUGUCCUGGCCAAGGCCGGAGACGCUCUCAACGUGGACCCCGCCGUCUUCCACACACACCUGUAUCAGGACAUGCUGGCCGUACACGCCGGUUGUUCGCGGUCGGAGACGGCCACGGUGGUGGAGUGUGCGAGCGCGGUGUGCCAGAGACUGAGGAGGGUGUCGUGCGGCGUGCUGAGGGCGCUGGCCAAGAGAUUGCUGACCAUGUCCUCGCACGGACAACACCACGCCGCGCUCGCCUCACUCGCGCUCGUGUGGACCAUCAUGCAGCACAACAAGCACGUGUCCGCCUUGUUCGAGGCGGAGUGUGCGGGCUCGGGUAGGUUCGACCCGCUGUCGCCGUCCCCCGAGCACUGCGGGUCGCACGCCGCCCUCGGGUACGAGGGACCCAUCCUGACCUCCCACUACCACCCGGUGGUGCGCGCCGCCGCCACCGCGCUCCUCCAGAGAGGAGGCUGGCCUCAGGAGUUACACGGACUCACCCCGAUGCAAAUCUUCGAUCAGUACGACUGUUCCCAGCUGUGUUUCAAGCCGGCCAUUCCUCCGCCCAAGCCCCGCGACCUCACCAAGCCGAAGACCUCCCAGACCUGGGCCAGGCCGGACUUCAAGACCUACUGCGAGACCGUAGAAGACAAUCUAAAUAUGGACAUCGACAACUUCAUAGAAAGAUGAUUACAAUAAAUAGUCAAAUCUUA